AUGGAGUCCUUCUGGCUGGCUGAGACCCUCAAGUACCUCCUCCUGCUUUUUGACGAUGACCCGGGGGCGCUGCCCCUGGAUCAGUGGGUGUUCAAUACUGAGGCCCACCCGCUGCCGGUUUGGGGGACCGAGGCCGACCGGAAGGCGCUGCUGCAGGCGCGCGCACGGCGGCGCGCUGCCGCCCGCAACGCAUGGGCCUUGCAGCAGGAGGAGUCUCUGGUAGACCGCGAAAACCGCACCAUCAUCGCCAGCGAUGCGCAACCUGCAUCGGGCGGCAAGCGGACCAACGGGCGCCGCCGCCGUCGCCGCGCCACGAAGCGCGCGGCUUGGGACAUGCGGCCGCCGCCGAAGCUGGGCGCGGCGCGGCGGCCGCCACGGAGCCGGGGCGGCGGCAAUGGGUCGGAGCCGUCGCCCUCGCCGGCCGCCGCCUAG